AUGGAUCAGUCUCAAACAAAGGCACUGGCAGCCCUACAGCCUUUUGUGCACCUGGCAACUACCACCAAAUCGCCCUCUCCGCGCUUUGUUGCCGAGCUGAUCAAAAGCGCCUUAUCCGCACCCGGCACAUACAUUUUCACUGAACUCCUCCAGACACCAGCGUGCCAAAGUCUUCGUGGAACUGAGCUGCUGCCAUGGUUGACCUUGCUAGAGGUCUUUAGCUGGGGCACCUACGAAGAAUAUACAGGCGUUCCAGGUCUCCCUGAGCUGGAUGAACCUCAGACUCUGAAACUUCGUCAACUAAGUCUCCUUACACUGGCCUCCCCGUUCGCUCCGGGUAAUAAUACAACCACCACCAAUGCCCUCACCUACCCAUCUCUCCUCCAGUCCUUGGGCCUGCCAGACGCUGCGAGCCUCGAAUCGCUAGUCACUCAAUCGACCUACUCGGGCCUCCUCACCGCACGACUCUCGCCCACAUCCAAUCCCCCGGUCGUCAACAUCACUUCUGUCGCUCCACUCCGUGAUCUGCGGCCUCAAUCCCUUCCAGCGCUCCUCCAGAUUCUGCAAACCUGGGAAUCAAGAUGUACAUCCGUGGUGAGCGAGCUGGAAGCCCAAAUCUCCGCCAUACGCCAUACAGCUACUCAGCGCAAUGCGACGCAACAGAAACGGCAGGAGGUAGUUGACGCGGCGGUAUUGAGUGACAGACCUCUGGAUACUGCCGACUUCAAGAAUGGUUCUCGCCUGUCACGGGGAGUACACAAGUUGCCUAGCAAGCGCGAUAUAGAUCAGCAGAUGGAAGGUGAAGGCGGGGAGCUCACUGAUGACGAUGGCCGCAUGGACUUGGACGAGGGCAUGAGUGAUGUGGGGUCUCAUGCAGGCGGCGGUCGCGGAGGCCACGGUGUUGGGAGCUCAAGAGGUGCAAAGAGAAACCGAGGACGUGGAGUGAAGUGA